CUUUGGCGGCAGAGCUCCAUCCUGCGCCGCUGGAAGAGAAACUGGUUCGUCCUCUACCUGGACGGGAGCUUGGUUUACUACCACGACGAGACGAUGCGCGACAUGGACGGCCGGAUCCACGUCAAAUACAGCUGCCGGGAUGUGCGGGCUGGCCGCGAGUGCAGAGACGUUCAGCCGCCCGAGGGGAAGAGCCGCGACUGCCUGCUGACCGUCGUGCUGCGUGACGGCUCCAAGACGACGCUGUGCGCCGAGAGCGAGGACGACGCCGUCGCCUGGAAGAUGGCCGUGCUGGAGGCUAAAUCCACCCCGGUGCACGUCUACGACCCCUAC